UGUAUGUGAAUCGUUUGUUUUGUUGCCGUUUCCACGCUCGGCGGGUUUUCCCUCCCGCGAAACAUUCCCUCUCCGUGCGGCUGGAGCAGCGGACCUCGCCGCAGCGGCACCGAAGGUUCUGUUAUUGCGGACCGAGUUACCGGCGAGUCGCCAGUCGUGUUCGGUUCCUUCUUGUCAUCCGUGUGAAACAAUGAUCAGCAGACCGGUGGCCGCGCGAGAGUAGCCACCAUGUCCAUCGAAUACACCAUCGACCUCCAGCUGACGGAGUUGGGCUUCCCAGACAUCCUGCUGCCGGACAAGGCGUGUGACCCCCCGGGCCUUUCCCCUGAGCCUAGCGCUGACCACAAGCGACCGGAGACCGAGGCGGAGAAACGCGCUGAUACUCCCGAGGAGAGUGAUGCUGGAGCCGGAGCCGAGAGUGACUCGGAGAGCAGCGAUUCUUCGGAGGCGGACGAUGACGAGAGAGCAGUCUCCGGGGGUCCUGGCGGCUUCAAGUGUUCGGUCUGUCACCUCCUGCUGUCGUCCAAGUCGGCGCUGCUGGAGCACGCCAGCCAGUACUCAGGAAGCCACUACAGCUGCAAGAGGUGCAACAAGAUGUUCACUCAGGUCAACGACUACCGCCUGCAUCUGCGCACGCACUCCAAGUCCCAGGCCAAGUACUUCUGCCGCAUCUGCCAGAUCGACUUCGGCACGCAGAAGGAACUGAAGGCUCACCUGGCCACCACUCACCUGGAGAACAAGUUUUACGAGUGCGACAACUGCAAGCAGGUGUUCACCUCGCUGCAGGCCUGCCAGAAGCACGUGGAGCUGCGCACCUGCGUGGAGGAGCUGCGCUGCAAAGUCUGCCGGCAGAGCUUCACCAGCCGGACGGUGUUCCAGCAUCACCGCAGGACCACGUGCGUCUUCAUGUACAAGUGCACCGUGUGUCACAAGGCCUUCAACAGGAAGAACGGCCUGCUCCGACACAGCUUCUCGCACCUGGGCUGCUUGCCUUACACCUGCAUUUCCUGCAACACCCACUUCACCAAGGCCACACUCUACCACGCGCACAAGUGCAAGAAGAACCCCAUCAGGUGCAGGGCUUGCCUCAGGGAGUUCGCCAAUGCCGUCGACUUCCAGCAGCACAUCCACGACACGGGCUGCUGGGGCAACCAGGAGCUGAAGAAGGACACCAUCCGCUGCCUGGAGUGCGGGAAGAGGUUCGAGACGUCGGAGGAGCUGAAGCAGCACUCCAGCGCCCACCAGAAGGUGCUCAGGUGUGCUGAGUGUGGGAAGGGCUUCAGGUCGGCGCUGCUGCUCAUGUCCCACAUGGGGGGCCACGCUGGUGCCACCCCGUGCCUCUGCCAGAGCUGCGGCCUGGGCUUCCCCCAUCAGCAGAACUUUGGCAGCCACUUGAAGACCUGUGGGCAAGAACCAAAGCUGGGGAGCAAGUCCAAGAAACAGCCAGUCUCAGACGAUUCCAGAGUGGAUCAGGUGUCCGUCAGUCCCAGCCAGUUGUCGGAGGCAGCCAUGAGAAGUGACCCCUCGGACGGCUGCUGGAAACUAACCCUGGACAAGAAUCCUCCUCCGGGCACCAACCUUCUCCUCCUCCUUCCCGUUCAAGUGCAGCCCACUGCGGGUGACGCUACUGACCCGGGUGCGCUGCAGAACCACCCUGUGAAACCUGAAAACCAGCCGCGCCAGAAAGCGGAGCCGGACGCGCCGCUGGAUUUUUCAAACGCCACAAAAGCCACCUCCAACAACGCUGCAAUGCCUCCUGUUAAAAAUGAGCCAGAGGAGUGUGAAAUCUCAGGGUCGAUUUCGACGCCCCCCACUGGAUGCGCCUCACAGAUAAAAGAGGAGCCGGAGUCUCCCAUGGACUCCACAUGAGUGCAGAUUCAACUGGGCUUGAAUAAAAUGACUUGAAACCUACCUACUUUGCUGGAUCACAUACAUCAAACAUGGGUGCGUUUUAUAUGUAUUUAUUGUUCCCACACUUUCAGACACUCCAUUCAAAAACAUGUCCCUGCGUGAUGUUGCUUACGACGUUCCAUGAAAAACAUUCUUGAUGGUGUGUGAGGGUUGUCUGUGUUUCCUCUGCGAGUUCACGUUUUAU